UGGCGUUCUGUAUUUGCCUGCGUCUUGGGCCUGGCGAUGCUUAUGUGGCUGGCCCGCUGCCAGGAGGAUCUGGAGCUGGACUACUCGAAUGAGUAUGACGAUGUGCGACCGCAGCUAAGCUACCCGGAUGAGCCGAGACUGGACACACGCCUGGCCGCAGCGGCUGAGCAGCUGGGCCAGAGCAUACGGAAUGCCUGGCAGUCCAUGGCCGACUCAUUCCGCAGCUAUUUCGAGGAACUGCGACAUGUUUUUGCCGAUGGCGUCGAAGACAAUGCAGAAUCCCUGCCAGUGAGCAACUGAUCAGAGCUGCCUUCAAAACUGCAUUCACAGUGAAUUGCAAAGUUACAUAAAAACAAAAAAACAAAAAGAAAAAUAUGGGACUUCAAUUAAGCUUAGACAGCACUUGAGACCUUAGCCAACUGAUUAGUCAGUGGGGUAGAAAUAUACAUUUCACGAAAGGAACAUGGGAAUCACAUACAUUAUUAAAUAGUUCUGUGCAUACUUCAUUUUCCCCUGGCUCCACUGAAAAGGAAAUUGAUUUUGGCAAAUUUUCGGUGCUUGUUGUUCGAUCUUUCAGCGUAAAACUAAAAUGUAACCAGCUGAUGGCGAGCAUUAAGAAUUAAAGUUUGUAAGAACUAUAGAAGAUGAAUAUGUAAUACAGAAUAUAGUAUUCCAACAAA